AUGGACAGGGUAGACAGCAGAACCCAAUCGUCGUCGGCGGCGGCAGCAACGGCAGCAGCAGGGAUUAAUAUGAACCGUCAGGAGGACAACAAGAGGAAGCUGCUGCAGUUGCAGGUCGAAACCGGUGCUCAGUCGCUGCAAACCCAGUUGGCUCAUCUGUACCACCAUCACCAACAGAACAGUUCCCACAGCCCUUAUAUUGACUUUCAGAACGUGCUUUACUCUCAGUCAAAUACGCCAGCGGCAUCGUCUCUGCCAAAAGGAUCGGGGUCGGGACUAGGAGCGAGUAUAUCUUUGUCGUCAUCCUCCGCUUCGAAUAGUCCUCUGGUUAGUCAGGUCAAUCAUAUCAGCCAGGCCUAUUCCAGUCCCUUCAGUCCGGUCUCACCAAUGACUGUGCCCUUGGAUAAACCUAUCAGGCGACGGUCGGUGCUGACCAUGGGUGAGGCUCUGGAACCCAUCUUGGCAACCUCCCCGGUCCUUCACCUAGCUCAGGCCCAGCAGACGACCCAACAGCCCCAGUCAGCCCAUCAGCAGCCCCAGCAGGGCUCGCUAGCACUCCCGCAGCGAAAUAUUAAUGCCAAUUCUAAAAAGCGCCGGGACAGCAUCCCUUAUCUCCCUCUGCAUUUCGACAUGGAAAUGCAAAUCGACUCUGUCGUCCCCGGUCCCGGUGGAGCUGGAGCUGGAACUGGAACUGGAACAGGAGCAGGAAUAGGAACAAGAACCGGACUAGUAGGAGUGGCAGGUACCAGUAUUAACCAUACGAACGGUGCUGGCGGUGGUGGCCAUGGCAGCAGCACCCUCACCGAGUUCACCAAGCGCCGGAACUGGUCACAGCGUAUCAUCGAGGAACUUCAGGACCUCCUCUGCAUCCUCACCCCGAGCGGUAAAAUACGCUACACCUCUCCAAACACCAAACAUAUCACUGGUUUCACCACCGACGAACUUCUCGGUCGUAUGAUCACCGAGUUUGUUCACAUCGAUGACUCUCACAUAUUCAUCCGGGAGUUCAACGAGGCCAUCGCUUCCGCCCAACCUCUCCGCAUCUUCUUCCGAUUUCGCCGAAAAGAUGACACUUAUGCUAUCUUCGAAUCAAAUGGGCACCCUCACUUCUCUGACCAACGUCAGCUUCCUUCCAACACUACUACCCCUGUUUGCUCCGGUUUUUUCAUGAUGGCUCGUCUUUACCCAACUAAAAAUGUCGCCCUUCUUGACUCCUUUCUGGAACACAAAAUUGAGAACGAACGCCUAAAAAGACGAAUAGCCGAGCUAAAACUCGAAGAGCAAGAAGAACAAGCUGCACAGGCUCGUGCCAGAAGUGAAGCUGCCGCUGCAGUCGCAGCUGCUUUGAAUGCAGGUAAUGCCACUAAUCACCAUGCUGAUAAUGCUUCGACUUCUACAAGUUCCACACGGCUGCAGGUUUCACCGACCGCCCUGCCACGACCUCCCUCUAUCCCAUACCCAUCUCUAACAUCCGUUUUAGAAGGCUCUGCAGAUGGCAACCCUGCCACUGUUGUUGGUGCUCUCGCUUCGAAAUCAAUGCCACCUCCUGCGAUGCCCGGGCAACUUACUCGCCAAAAUUUGGAAGGUCUCAAUAACUCAGCACUACGCUCCGAUUCUCUUCGCGACAAGAUGGCAAGAUACGAAGGCGUAACCCACACAGACGCAAUUGAAAUGUUAACGGGACUACGAUAUAACGAAGGGGAACGAUCCAGAGGGAUAAGCACAGGCGAUACAUCACCCAGUCUGAUCAGAGGAGACGCUGGCGUACCCAUUUCGACAGAUAGAGAGAGCAGAGGCAGUGGAGAGAGGAAGAAAAAGAUUAAAGUCUCUAAUGAAUACGUGUGCACGGAUUGUGGGACGUUGGACAGUCCUGAAUGGAGGAAGGGGCCGACGGGGCCAAAAACGUGA